AUGCGGUUCGACCUGGAUGGCCUGCCCGUGCACUUCCCGUACGCGGCGAUCUACCCGGAGCAGCACGCGUACAUGGGGGAGCUGAAGCGCGCCCUGGACGCGCGCGGGCACGCGCUGCUGGAGAUGCCCACGGGCACGGGCAAGACGGCGGCGCUCAUCUCCCUCAUCACCUCCUACUCCCUCGCCAACCCGGCCCGCCCGCUCCGCCUCAUCUACUGCACCCGCACCGUGCACGAGAUGGAGAAGACCCUCGCCGAGCUCCGCCUCCUCUUCGCCCACCUCCCGCCGCCCGCCGCCCGCUCCCUCCUCGCGCUCGGCCUCUCCUCCCGCAAGAACCUUUGCGUCCACCCGCAGGCGUCCGCCGCCGCGGCGCGGGACUCCGUCGACACCGCCUGCCGGCGCCUCACGGCCUCCUGGGUCCGCGAGAAGGCCGCCUCCGACCCGGAAUCCACCCCGCUGUGCGAGUUCUACGAGACGUUCGACCGGGCCGCUGCCGCCGGCGACCUCGCCUCCUUCAUGCCGCCUGGGGUGUACACCCUGGCCGACCUCCGAGCGCUCGGGAGGGAGCGCCGGGUCUGCCCCUACUUCCUCGCCAGGCAGAUGGUUAAGUACGCCAAUAUUGUGGUGUACAGCUACCAGUACCUGCUCGACCCCAAGGUGGCCAGCAUUGUGUCCAGGGAGAUGCAGAAGGAGUGCGUGGUCGUCUUCGAUGAGGCUCACAACAUCGACAAUGUCUGCAUAGAGGCGCUGAGUGUCAGCAUCCGCAAACAGACGCUGGAAGGUGCUGAGCGAAAUCUGCGGCGCAUCUCCCAAGAGAUCGACAGGUUUAAGGCCACCGAUGCCAAUAGGCUUCGUGCUGAAUACAACAGACUGGUGGAUGGACUGGCGCAGAGAGGAAAUCUACCAAUAUCGGAUGCCUGGCUCGCGAAUCCGGCUUUGCCUGAUGAUAUUCUGAAGGAAGCUGUUCCUGGAAACAUAAGGAGGGCUGAACACUUUCUUGCUGUCUUGCGGAGGCUUGUGAGAUUCCUUGAUGGCCGGCUUGAUACAGAAAACGUUGAGAAUGAAAUGCCUGUUUCCUUUGUUGCUUCAAUCCAUUCCCAGGCUGGAAUCGACCAAAAAAUGCUAAGGUUUUGUUAUGACCGGCUACACUCCCUAAUGAUGACAUUAGAGAUAACUGAUACAGAUGAGUUCAUGCACAUACAGACCAUAUGUGACUUUGCCACACUGAUUGGAACUUAUACACGCGGCUUUUCUAUUAUAAUAGAGCCAUAUGAUGAGAGAAUGCCUGAUAUUCGUGAUCCUGUUAUUCAGCUGAGUUGCCAUGAUGCUUCACUCGCAAUAAGACCUGUUUUUGAUCGUUUUGAAACGGUUGUGAUCACUUCUGGAACUCUCAGCCCAAUAGAUCUUUAUCCUCGUCUCUUGAAUUUUAAUCCUGUCAUAAGCAGAAGCUUCACAAUGUCCUUAACAAGAGAUUGUAUUUGUCCCAUGGUCUUGACUCGAGGAAGUGACCAGCUACCUGUGAGUACAAAGUUUGAUAUGCGUAGUGAUCCUGGUGUUGUGAGGAAUUAUGGCCGCCUCUUGCUAGAAAUGGCUUCUGCUGUUCCAGAUGGCAUAGUUUGCUUUUUUGUCAGUUAUUCCUAUAUGGAUGGCAUUGUCAACAGCUGGCACGAAAUGGGAAUUCUGCAGGACAUCAUGCAACAUAAAUUAGUGUUCAUCGAAACACCAGAUGUCGUUGAGACAACAUUGGCUCUCGAUAACUACAGAAAGGCAUGUGAUUGUGGAAGAGGUGCCAUUUUCUUCUCUGUUGCCAGGGGCAAAGUUGCUGAAGGUAUUGAUUUUGAUCGGCACUAUGGCAGAUUAGUUAUCAUGUUUGGUGUUCCUUUCCAGUACACUCUGAGCCGGAUAUUGCUUGCUAGGUUGGAGUACCUCCGGGAAACUUUCCAGAUAAAGGAGGGUGACUUCCUAACAUUUGAUGCUUUGAGGCAAGCAGCCCAAUGUGUUGGCCGUGUGAUUCGCUCCAAAGCUGAUUAUGGGAUGAUGAUAUUUGCUGACAAGAGAUACAGUCGGCAUGAUAAACGGUCUAAGUUGCCUGGGUGGAUACUCUCGCAUUUGCAUGAUGCGCACCUAAAUCUGAGCACUGAUAUGGCUCUCCAUAUAGCUCGUGAGUUUCUCCGGAGGAUGGCACAACCAUAUGACAAGACGGGAAGCGGUGGCAAGAAGACGCUGUUGACUGAGGAGGAUCUGCAGAAUAUGGCGCAGGACGGCAUGGAGAUGUAA